AUGCUUGUGAGCCCAUCGAGCGGCAUGCAGAGGCAUCAGCGCCAGCACCGGCGACAAAACUCCAUCCCAGUUGCUCUGGAGGCAACCAAGCCACCACACCUUCCAGCAGCAGCCAUGCAGCGCUACUCAAUGCAUAAACGAGGGAUGAGUUUGAACCAGCCGAGUGCCAACCUGCAACCCAACCCUCUAUCAACAAGCCAAAGCCAAUAUACAAACGUUCUACGUGAAGCGCAACAGCAACGAACAAGUCAACUUAACCAGCAGUCCUACUUUGACGAGCCUCAAAAUCAAAUAUUGUCCAAUGCAGAUAGCCAACGACUUGAGACAAGAGGUCUAAACGUUUAUACUAACCAAUAUAGCAAUGAAAAUUCCCCCAUAAAUGCUUGCAUGAGCUCGGGUGGGCUGAACAUCAAAAAUACGAAUAUAAGAAAUCGUCAACUCAAGCCCGCUAUUCAGCCCAUGCAGCAACAGCAACAACAACCCAGCCAGGAAACCAUGAUUUUUGCCGAGAAUCAGCUCAUUGGGGAUGGAACAUGGAAUGCCUAUCUAGUCAAUCAAUCCAUGCUAGCUCAAAUGUACGACCUAAGGCGUGCAUCUGUUCAGUCGGAUAUAUCUCAGCAGCCCUACAUUCCAUCAACACCACCGAAACAGGUGCAGUCCAAUUACGUACCAAUCACCCCGGACACAACGCCGUUUCGCAGAGGUACAGAGUUUGCUCCUUUUAUGCAAAACGUACAUGCAUCGCCUAUCAAGAAUAUAGUCUAUCAGACUCAGCCUGCCUAUAUGCAGAGAGCCAAGUCACUUCAAGGAGUCCCAGGAAGCAAUUAUGCCGAGCCCAAGAUUGAUGUUCCAUCCCCCCCUAAUACUGCCCCCGUUGACUAUGAUUGUUAUGAUUUACUUACUUCACAGGAGAGUGAUUUCGAAAGUACAGAGUUCCAACAUGUACCCAAGAGCAUGUCUAUCAAAUCGGAGGAUCACGAAUCCUACAACACACAAAUUCUUUCCACCACCAACUCAUUCCAGUCGUCGCCUGAGAUAGCAUAUAUGCCACUACCAAACUCGAGUCUGAUCAAGGCACCCAAAGUUCCCAUCAGCGUGGCCACUCCAUCCAAGCCAAGCUCAACAAAAUCGAACAGUCCAACACCAGAUUUUUCGCCAAGCAAAACUAGACUGUCUCCCAAGGUCGCUUCUAUUGAUAGUCUGAAUCUUGAUGCCCGGGUCCAAGCUUCAAUCACUGAGACAGGAAUCACCAUUGAUGAGAUUGCAGCUUACAUUUCCGGACCCGAUCCCGUUGACGGAAAAUGGGUUUGCAUUCACCCUGGCUGUGACAGGCGUUUUGGAAGAAAAGAAAACAUCAAAUCUCACAUCCAAACACACCUUGGUGAUAGACAGUAUAAAUGUGACCAUUGUGAGAAAUGCUUUGUUCGUGGACAUGACCUAAAACGGCACGCCAAGAUACAUACUGGUGACAAGCCUUACGAAUGUCUUUGUGGAAAUGUCUUUGCGCGACAUGAUGCCUUGACCCGUCACCGACAACGAGGUAUGUGCAUCGGAGGUUACAAAGGUGUUGUUCGAAAAACAACCAAGCGUGGUCGCCCUAAGAAGAGCCGCCCAGACAUGGAGGAACGACAAGACAAAGCUGCCCGAACACGCGAAAAAGUUUCCGGUAACUCGGCUACCAUUUCUAUGUCUAGUUCUGACAGCUCGUGCAGCUCGCCUCCUUCUGAUGGAUUUGAGAGCAUGAGUAUCCAAGCAUCUAGUCCAUUGGAAGACAUGGCCAUGUUUGAGUCAGCAAAUUACUGCUUGCCAUCUGAGGUUUUCUCUUUCACACCACCCGCAUCUCCAGGGUUCAGCACUGGCCAUCAUUCUUCACCAGGCCAGAGCUCUCGUUCCUACAGCCCAUUGAGCGAUGUGGGAUCCAUGUCUCGUACUUCAUCCAGACAUCCUCUUGAAGAUAUUUCUGAGGAAAUUCCCGAUCUACCACCAAUUUCAGAGGCUGCCGGUUGCUUUGACCCAGAGCCAGAAAAUUCCCUGCAAACAGAUCUUCCUUCAUCCGCGAUUGUGCCAGCCUUGACACACUCUACAGCUGGAUCUGAUAUUGAUAUCUUCAUCAACAACAAUUCCAGCUUCUCGGACUUUGGCCCCGAGUCAGGCAUACCAAAUGAUAUGGACCUAUUCUCUGGCAAAUCUGUCGGCGUCAACGACAGCGAUUUCUUUUUGGACUUCAACGACGACCAUACAACUGAUGCUUUCUUCUAA